GCACUUACAUGGAGGCGCAAAGAUGAUCAAUCGAUGCAUUUUUGGGAGAUUUUUCAACCUCUACAUCAUAAUCCAAUUCUUCUUAUUUUCUUCGCGGUCUUGGGGCUUCCCGUGAAUGUUCCUUCACAAUUUCUUGGGUGCUUCGUGAGGGAAAAAAUUUCUGUGGCGGGUCUUGACGGUCUUGCCGCUAACAAUAACCAUAUUUUGCAUUAA